AUGGCGUUUAAAAUAAAAGAGGAACACAUGGAAGUUUUGAUUGACUUUAUGGAAACUCACAACGAUUUUGCCACUGGACGGUUGUCCACAAAUAAUGCAAAAGAAAAAUACAAACUUCUAUGGACCGAACUAACAAUAAGGUUAAAUUCUUUAGGUUUAGGAGAAAGAACGAAAGAAAAAUGGCAGAAGACAUGGACUGAUUACAAGUGUAACCUAAAAAAAAAAGCAAGCGAAAUAAAAAAUGCCCAAGAAGGAACAGGCGGAGGGCCAGAACUGAAAAAACAACUAAGCAAUAUGGAAAUGAGAGUUUUAUCUUUACUUGGAAAUACCUUUUAUGAAGGUUGUGGGACCCCAGAGAGAGGCCUUAAUUAUAUAAAGCCUAAUACUUCUGUUCCCGAAGAAAAAACAAAUCCUAUAACAAAAAAAAUGAAAAGAGGCGAUACAUGUGAAAGUACUGACAAUCUGUAUAAGGAAACUAUUCGUUGUUUGAAUAAUAUUGAAACAAAUAUCACAUCAAAUUUAAAGGAAAUUAACAAUACUUUAAGUUCAAAUUUAAACGAACUGAAUAAUACUUUAAGUUCAAAAUUUGACGAACUUAUUUCAGUUUUAAAAAGAAAGGAAGACAACUAA